AGGCGGUUAUGAUAACUAGAGACACUCCUUACGUAAAGAUGCAGGACGCAUUUCGCGGUGGGUAGCCUAUUACUGAAAUAGCAUGAGAGGUCCCAAAUAUUCUUAUACUAUAGCAGUUAAAGCCUGAACAGUGCCGCUGCGCUGAUGACUCGCCGCCAAGACGACGUCUGUAUCCGAAUGGACGGGUAAUAUGCAACGAUCCCGAACCCCCUUACUGAGCUCUCGCUAAUCUGGCAGGUAUUCUUUUAGUCUACGGGAUAUGUAACAUUAUAAAAAUCAUCUUACUUUUGUCUUUCUCCGUGGGCUACUUCUCACCUUGUCGUUGUCGUUGUCCUCCCUGACCUUUCUCUCUCAUCUCCGCUCCCUCGAGACAUGACCAGGCCUCGCGCGCCAAGAGCGGCGGCCAUUGCGGGCGCGAUCGCCCGAAUCCUUGGCUUAGGUGCUUCCGUCGUAUUACUGGCCAACCUUAUCUAUGAGAGCGUCAACUGGGGAAAGAUGCUGGGGCUUUCGGUCUCGGUGGCUGUGAUUGCGUUGUUAGUCGACGGCUCGGAGGUCACCGGGUUACUUGACUCAACCCGCACAAUACCCCGUGUCUCGCCGUUUUGUUUAAUCUGCGAAGAUCUCUUGGUUCUUUGUCUAGCGGUCCCUUCAAUUAUCUUGAUCAUCUUGAGCAAUGUCCAUGACACGGCCGCCGACGCCCCUUACCCCUGGGAGGCCACCGAUUCCUUAUCACUUACCGUCACGAUCGCAAUAUGUGCCCUGAGAGUUAUCCUCCUGAUAUGGAGCUGCGUGGACUGUUGCUAUACGCUGAAGCACCCAAGACGGCGUGAAAGUAUACUUUCACCUGUACAUUCAAUAGACGAAUUGCGAGACGUUGUUUCUAGUAGAUAAUGUACCUAUAUUAACUAGUAACUACGAAUCCCC